AUGAUGUUCUCCUGGCCGAUUCCGGCUACGGCGGCCAAUCUCAUUGAGACUAGCCAACUGCGCAGGAGAUAUUAUAGUGCACAAGUGUACGCGCAGACACAAGUGCACUCUCUAUUCCUGUCACUCUCAUACUCCGGUGGGACGACUGCUCGACACGACCGAGUUCCAGCAGAUUCUAACUCUGACCUGAUCUCCAGACUUUUGGAGACCCUAUCAGAUAAAACUAAGCAUGGCUGCACAUUACUCAUUAGCAACAGCGUAUUGGUUAUAACAACCAAU